CCCUUGUCACUUAGUUCUAUCAAAUCCAUUCUUCUCUGCUUUAUUUGUCGUAGCAGCAGAUUUCAGAUCUAACAGAUCGACCGGCCGAUAUGGGCCUCUUGUUCGCCAGGAGUUUUGUUCUUGUCACUGCUCUGCUAGUCAUCUGCCUGCUUCUUCCUUGCAACGCGAAGCUGUCCAACAAGUUCUACGCCAAGACGUGCCCCAACGUGGAAUCCAUCGUGCGGGCCGUCAUGGCGCCGGCCGUCGCCGCGGAGCCGCGGAUGGGCGCGUCCAUCAUUCGCCUCUUCUUCCACGACUGCUUCGUCAAUGGAUGUGACGCCUCGAUCCUCCUCGACGACACGCCGACGUUCACCGGCGAGAAGAACGCCGGCGCCAACGCCAACUCCGUCCGUGGGUACGAGGUGAUCGACGCCAUCAAGACGCGCGUCGAGGCCUCCUGCAAGGCCACAGUCUCAUGCGCCGACAUCGUCGCGUUGGCAGCUCGCGAUGCCGUAAACUUGCUCAGGGGCCCGACGUGGAAGGUGACGCUGGGCCGGAAGGACUCGCGGACGGCAAGCCAGAGCGCGGCCAACGCCAACCUUCCGGGCCCCGGCUCCAGCGCCGCGUCGCUCGUCGCGGCGUUCGCGGCCAAGGGGCUCUCGGCGCGCGAGAUGACGGCGCUCUCCGGCGCGCACACCGUGGGACGGGCGCGCUGCCUCUUCUUCCGCGGCCGCAUCUACGGCGAGCCGAACAUCAACGCCACAUUUGCGGCGGCGCGGCAGAAGACGUGCCCGCAGACCGGCGGGGACGGCAACCUCGCGCCGUUCGACGACCAGACGCCGGACACGUUCGACAAUGCCUAUUACACGAACCUCGUGGCGCAGCGCGGACUGAUGCACUCGGACCAGGAGCUCUUCAACGGCGGUUCGCAGGACGGGCUGGUCAGGAAGUACAGCGGUAAUGCUAAGAUCUUUGCCGGCGACUUUGCCAAGGCGAUGGUCAAGAUGGGUGGCCUCCUGCCGGCUGCGGGGACGCCGACGGAGGUCAGGUUGAACUGCAGGAUGCUCAACUAAAGGGAUCGCCUGUUUCUAGCUAGCAUCAGACCACAAACUUUAUGAGAUUUUAACCGGCAGUCCACACCUGUCACCUGCCACCAAGAUUGUAUUAUGGGUCCAGAUAAUCAACAAUGCGGACGGGGCUUGCCUGCGGCCUGCUCAUGCGCCCAUCCGUGCGGCGCGAUCGUUCCCUAAUCAUCCAACGGAUACGUUUCCUUUGCUCCCCCACCUACCCCUUUCUAGGUAAA